UGCCUGAGCGAGCGGACAGCUGGUUGGCACGCGCGGCUCUAUCGUGGCCGCACGCCAGCGGAGCCGGGGAAUUUGCCUCCGUGAAAGGGAACAUAACUGGGCGGCACCGGCAACAGGUCUACGCAUGCGCCCACCGGGCCCGCUAGGGCGCGGAAAGGAAAGCCGAGAGUACAGCCUGGAGAGCGGAGGGAAACGGGACAGCCACGUUCCGGAAGAGGCGGUGCUACGUCGGCGAAGGCGCCGAAUUCGAAAAGCUACCCCUUCGUCCACGGCUCAAUCCGCUGAGUCUCAGACGUUAGUCUUUGCUUGGGAAAGGAAAGAGGACUUUUUUCUUUCGUUUGGAAAAAUUCAGGUCCUUAGAGACAGCGGUAGUUAAGAUUCAGAUCGAACUGGUAAAUGACGAAGGGACCUCUUCCAAAACGAAGAAGGAGGGUUAUCCGGUGUGUUUCAAAUAACAGCAUAUAAUCACCAGAAUGGGAGUGAAUGACUUGUGGCAAAUUUUGGAGCCUGUUAAGCAACACAUUGAUUUGCAUAAUCUUGUUGGGAAAAGCAUUGCUGUUGACCUUAGUCUUUGGGUAUGUGAAGCACAAACAGUCAAAAAAAUGAUCGGAACCGUCAUGAAGCCCCACCUCAGGAACUUAUUUUUUCGUAUCUCUUAUCUGACACAAAUGGAUGUAAAAUUGGUAUUUGUUAUGGAAGGAGAACCACCAAAGCUGAAAGCUGAUGUCAUAAGCAAGAGGAAUCAGAUUCGGUAUGGGCCUUCGGGAAAAACUUGGUCUCAGAAAAGAGGGAGAUCACAGUUUAAAUCAGUUUUAAGAGAGUGCCUUGAUAUGCUAGAAUGCUUAGGAAUCCCCUGGGUUCAAGCUGCUGGGGAAGCAGAAGCCAUGUGUGCCUACCUCAAUGCUUGUGGAUAUGUAGAUGGCUGCCUCACCAAUGAUGGAGAUGCUUUCCUUUAUGGGGCCCAGACUGUUUACAGGAAUUUCACUAUGAAUACAAAGGACCCACACGUUGACUGUUAUACAAUGUCAUGUAUCAAGGAUAAACUAGGUUUGGAUAGAGAUGCUCUGGUUGGAUUAGCAAUACUACUUGGCUGUGAUUAUCUUCCAAAGGGAGUCCCUGGAGUUGGAAAAGAGCAAGCAUUGAAACUUAUACAGAUUUUGAAAGGGCAAAGUUUACUUCAGAGGUUUGAGCAGUGGAAAGAAAACUCUUCUUACUCUAUUCCACAAAAAAGCAGUGAAAAACUUAUUUCUUUGUGUCUCCAUAAAGGUUCACCUAAGGAUCAUGAACAAAAUGGCUGUAAAUUGUGUAAAAGUGAUAGGUAUUGUGAGCCACAUGAUUAUGAAUACCACUGUCCUUGUGAGUGGCACCGCACAGAACAUGAUAGGCAACUGAAUGGCUUAGAGAACAGCAUUAAGAAAAAAGCUUGCAGUUGUGAAGGAUUCCCAUUCCAUGAGGUUAUUGAAGAAUUUCUUUCGAGCAAGGAUAAAUUGGGGAAGAUAAUCAGGUACCAAAGACCUGAUUUAUUACUGUUUCAGAGAUUUACUCUUGAAAAAAUGGAGUGGCCCAAUCAUUAUGCAUGUGAGAAAUUGUUGGUGCUUUUGACUCGCUAUGACAUGAUAGAAAGAAAGCUUGGUAGAAAGAACUCCAAUCAACUACAGCCAGUUCGAAUUGUUAAGACACGAAUCAGAAAUGGAGUUCAUUGCUUUGAAAUAGAAUGGGAAAAGCCUGAACAUUAUGUUGUAGAUGAUAAACAAUGUGGAGAAUUGGGUCUACUAACAGUUGAAGAAGAAUCAUUAUUUGAAGCAGCCUAUCCUGAAAUUGUUACUGAUUACCAAAAACAAAAGUUAGAAAUAAAAGGAAAGAAGCAAAAAAGUACGAAAAUUAAAUCUGAAGAAAAAACUUUGCCAGAAUCAGAUAGUGUAUUGAAUUUUCAGUCAUGCACCAACUUAAAACCCAUAUGUGAAAUCUUUCCUAAGCAAAAUUCCCAAUUAAAUUUGGAAAUUUCUCCUGAGCCUACAUUACCACAGGAAUCUAGUUCAGCUUCAUUGAAUGGCUUACUUCUACCUGAAGAUACUCACUGUUUAAAUAUGCAAGAGCAAAUAUCUUCUCCAAGACCUUUUGCUAUACAGCAAAUUACAGCUGUCAGUAACUCUCUAAUUUUAGAAUCUGGUCAACCCAAUACCUCAUCCCAUAAUACAUCUGUGAUUGCUAAUCUACACUUGAGCACCAUUGACUGGGAAGGUACUUCUUUUAGUAAUUCUCCAGCUCUUGAAAGAAACACUUUCUCUCAUGGUUUAAAUUCAAAACAUGAAUCAGAGCUAUCAACCAUCCCCUAUAGCCAUGAAAAUAACUCAGAACAGUUGUCACAUGAAUCAGAAAGGUGCACCUCAAACAUUACUAAAGUAUUGGAUUGGAAUCUUCAAAGGAUUAGUCCUGAAGAUCAUCUACUUUCUGGCAUUACUGAUUUAUAUCUUCAGGAUUUGCCUUUAAAAGAACGAAUACUUCGAAAAUUAUCAUGUCCUCAAGAUAAUGUGCAACCAGAUGUUGACCUGAAAACUUUGUCCCUACCUAGAGUAAAAGAAUCUGGUGUUGCCCGCAAUAUUUCUGAUAGUCCAUUACAUCUUUCAAAGGAUCUUCCAGGAAUUUGUUUGCAAAAUGAAUUCAGAAACUCCAAAGUUCUAAAAGGAGACCAGUUGCUUCAAGAAAACUAUAAAGUGAAUUUUCCUGUACACUAUCCUGUCAGUAAACCAGCAGUAGAAACUUCCAAUGUUAGAGUUAGACUAGCAAAAACUACCUUAGAUUGUAGUAGAAAAAUUGAUGUUCAGACAACUCAGAAAAUUGUAACGAAGAAGAGUGUUUGCCUUGACAGACAUUCCUCUGAUGAAGAAAGUGCUCCAGUGUUUGAGAAAGCUAAGUAUGCAACUCAGAAAAUGAAACACAGUUCUAAGAAGCAUAACUCAACCCAAUUCAAAGAAAACAACUCAACCAAGUUGAAAAACCCUAAGAUACAUAUCAAAGAAACCGAACAGUGUGCUAAGUCUUAUAAGACACCUGGAAAUGAGGAAAACUAUUUCCCAGACCCAGCAAAAAGUUCUCUUAAUUUUCUACAAUGUCCUAAGAAAGGAAAAGAUUCUAGUCCUUGUUUGGAUAGUCCUCUUCCUUUAUGGCAGAGAUUAAAACUUAGGCUGCAAAGUACCUGAAAUAGAAUUUGAAAUACUUAAGCAAAUUUAUUAUUCUAGUACUAUCUGUAUUAGCAGAGGAAGAGGGGAGGUAAUGUUUGAUUGGAUGCUUUAAUCUGGAUCUAUAUAUCAUGAUAUACUUUCAUUUUGAUGAAAAUUAUCAUUUUUAAAAUGCUACCUAAAUCUUAUGUUUUCAGAGAUGGCCCUCUGUUGAAAAUUUAGAUAAUGUAUGUAUUUUUAAUUCUUUAUAUCCUUGCUGACUAUUCUUUGUAGUCUUAGAAUGUUAGUAAAGGACUUAGAGUAAAUGCUUCAUCCAUUUGUUCAUUUUUACUUUUAUUUCCACAAGCUCUAAGCUAUUCAUUUAUAUUCAUACUUGUUUUCAAG